GUUCAUUUCCGUUACAACCGACAGAUUUUACGUGAAUGCUCAUAUUGUGAUAGCCACCAGGAUCCUAGUGAUGUCCUUGCGAAUCGGAGACUUAUUCAAUAAAAGCUAAACAAUGGGUGACAUAAAUGACUUCUUUCGUGCAAUGUUUGGCUUAGGCGGUAAACGACCACCAGACGGAUACAAUCGACCAGAGGAAGGAUCAUUUAUCUUCGUUGACACUGAUAAUGAAGAUGAUGAAGUUCCUUGGGGCGAUGGACGAUCUGGACAUUUGUUUGGAGGGAACGUACUCUCACAUUUUAUGCGGGAUAUGGAACAGAUGAACAGAGAAAUGGCCAAUAUGUUUCAAAGUUUUGAAAUAGGAUUUCCUUCAGAACAUUCAGGAAACCCACAGCUCCCAUCAAAUCCACGAGAUGAUAUGCUUAAAAAGCCAGACUCCACUCCAGAGGAAAGUGGCAAUGAUAGAGGACCACCUGAUCCUGGACAAAGAGCAAUGGGCCCUGGCUUUCAACGACCAGCUCCUUUUUUUGGAGGAUUUUUCUCCCCACCAAGACCAGGCUUACCCGCACCAUCAGAGAGGAUUGACAGUGAUAACCCCCAGACUGGUCAACAUGAUAACUCCUGGAUGCCACAUAUGAGGUCCUUUACCAGUGGUAGAAGUGUUUCUGUAAGCACCUCUAUUGGACCUAAUGGGCAGGUUGAGGAGCGGAGAACUGUACGAGACUCGGAGGGCGGUGAGGAGGUGACGAUAACACGGAAACAAGGCAGCCAGGCACACUCCGUCAUUACAAAGACAGACAAAAGUGGCGUACAGGAGAAAAUAGAAAACUUUACCAAUAUGAAUGAAAAUGAUAUAUCCGAUUUCAACAACAGAUGGAAUAACAAAAAUGAACAGAGGGAUUUUUCGGCUCCUUCAGAACCCAAUUCUUUGCUGAAGAGUUCAGCACAGCCUUGUCUACCACAGUUAUGUCCACCUGAGCCACACGAUAGUGAUAAGGAUACGGUGUUGACCUCCAGGUUAAAACGUCUGUUUGAAUGGAUGAAACCUAAGGUCGACUGACAAGACAUCAUUGUGUACUGUGUAUGCUCACCCAGAGAUUGAUUUUAACUUUAAAAUCCCAUGUCAAAUCCAUGUGCGCAUAUAACAACACUGAAUAAAAAGCCAGGGAUUGACUCAGACAUUGUGUACUACAGAGUCAAAUCCAGAAAGUGAUUUUAACUUUAUAAUCCUGUGUCUACCUGGUGUCGAUGAGUGCAUAUGACAACACUGAAUAAAAAGCCAGGGAUUGACUCAGACAUUGUACAUUACAGAGUCAAUUCCAGGAUGUGAUUUUGACAUUGCAUGCUGCAUGUCAAUGUGAGUUUUGUCUGUGAUUGAUCCACCAUUUUAAUGAUGAUCCUUUUAAAAUAGAAAUUAUAUAAGUCUGCAAGAGUGGACAAGUGUGCAGUUAAUAUCAUUUUUUUGUGAGGAUCAAACAAUUAUUUUAAUUUAAAACAAUGUACAGAUAUCCUGUGAUGAGUAUGAACAUGUUACAUAAGUUUUCCAGCAUUGUAAAUAUAUCAAUAGGGGCUACAUUUACAUGUAAAUACAGACACAGCCUAUGUUUUACUAAAAACAGGAUCUUCAGGACUGUUAUAGGUGUUGGUAGUAUAAUAAUUAAUUCACUAAUACAGCCUGGAGAUACUCAGUGAUUGUGUCUGCAUGUAAAUAUGUUUUCCCUAAGAAAAAUACACCAAACAUUCUACUCUGCAUUUUAAAGAUAGAGAAAAUCUAUUGAACACGUACAUGUAGGGUAUCGUUAUAGUCGGUCAAGAUUUUGUCCAACCAAAAGUUCCAGUGUCAGCUUGAAACCACCUAUUGGUUAACUAGUUAUCACUAUCAUGUUUGUUUCGUUUGUUAUUGAAUAUAAUUUGUUUCAUUGGAGAGAUAUUGUAUGUACCAAUGAAAACAUGCAUUAAAUGAUAUGUUGAUGCAGUA